AUGCUCCUAUCCAUUACUCCACCUACCCCAGCCGUAAUCCAUUACUCACUGUGCCUCAACCGAGCCGUUAUCCAUUACUCCACCGUGCGUCCUCUGGCCGUUAUCCAUUACUCCACCGUGCAUCAACCAAGCCGCUAUCCAUUACUCCACCAUGCCUACCCCAGCCGUAAUCCAUUGCUCCACUGUGCCUCACCGAGCCGUUAUCCAUUACUCCACCGUGCGUCCUCUGGCCGUUAUCCAUUACUCCACCGUGCAUCACCAAGCCGCUAUCCAUUACUCCACCAUGCCACCCCAGCCGUUAUCCAUUACUCACUGUGCCUCACCGAGCCGUUAUCCCUCCACCGUGCGUCCCUGAACGUUAUCCAUUACUCCACCGUGCAUCACCAAGCCGCUAUCCCCAUGCCUACCCAGCACGUUAUCCAUUACUCCACCGUGCAUCCCCAAGCCGCUAUCCGCUAUCCAUUACGUAAUCCACCACUGUGCCUCCCCAACCGUUAUCCAUUACUCCACCCCGUUAUCCAUUCCACCGUGCUCCCACCGUUAUCCCUCCAAGAUUCAUCCCAAGCCGCUAUCCAUUACUCCACCGUGCCUCCCCUAGCCGUUAUCCAUUACUCCACCGUGCCCACCGUUAUCCAUUACUCCACCGUGCGUCCUAUUCGAACUCAUUCUCCAUUGCGUCCCCUCCAUUACUCCUCAACCAUGCCCUAUCCAUUACUCCACCGUGCGUCCUAA